AUGGGCUCGAUCGACAUCUCGUUUGUUUUCAGCUUGGAGAAGACGAAAAAGGAGACGAUCGUUCCCAAGCAGACUCGACCCGCAAAGCCCGAUGGGAAGCGGAAGUUACUACUGCCGCCGCGCCCUGAGAGAGCCUCUAUUUAUGACUCAGAGGAUUCAGUUGCCGAGAGCCUAGGCAGAACUUCAAGGAGUGCUGCCUGUGAUGAUUUGUAUUCGUCUAAUGAAGAGAAUCCCUUUUCAAAUGCAGCAUCCUCCAAAUCCUCGGUUGUCCAGGAUGCUGUCGAAAAUCCUGGCACUUGUCAACCGCAAGUAUCUUAUGACGCCUUCAAACCAAAGAGACCACCCGGUAGGCCUCUUAUCACCCCGACACUCCCAAAAAAUGGCCCUCAGACACCCUCCGGAGUAGCAGGACACUUCAGAGAUCCAGAGGAAAAUGACACUGGCUCUCGAUCUUGGCAACCGGAAGCUACCGUCGCAAUUCCACAGGAAUGGAAUACACAGCCCAACACUCAAGCUGACAGUAUCCCAACGGCAAAGCCGGCGAUGAAGGAUGCUAGCAAACUGCAAAGUCAGACAGACCCGCUUCAAAAGAGAGGCCGAAGAAAGAUGACGGUGACGAAAUUCAUUGUUGCAGCUGGUUUGAUUGCUGUCAAUGGAAUGUUCAUAUUUGCAUCUUGGUGGUGGCAGAAGUAUUACUAUAUAUACCUACCAUUCAUCUGCCUGCCACUUGCUUUGAAUUGUUUCAUGAUUGCUUCCAUUAUCUUCUUCAAGUUGCGAAAUACUGCUCGCCCGGAGAAGAUCAUCGAGCCUGAGCACGUUGAGUCUUUUGGCAUGGUCAUUCCGUGUUAUAACGAGACUAAAGAGGAAAUGACCAAGUCUCUAGACUCUCUUGUCGUCCAAACUGGCAUUGAUGACAAUAAGAAGGCCAUCAUCGUUAUUUGUGAUGGUCGUGUUCGCGGCCCUGGGAUGGAAAAAACGACGGCGGACUAUCUUUUCGAGGAUAUUUUGACCGAGCAGACACAUCGCAGUAAAAUAAAGAAGGCUUAUAUGGCCUGGGAUGGGCAGCAGAUGGGCAUCGAGGUGGCUAAAGGCUUCUAUAAAGGGCUGCCCUUCUGCUGCAUUGUCAAAGAUCAAAAUCAAGGCAAGCGGGACAGCCUGAUUGUUGUUCGCUCCUUUCUGCAUAAGUUCAAUCACCGGAGGGCCAAUCCUGAGCAUAUUUUCUCACCACGCUUCUUCGACUACAUGGAGAGCUGGCUGGGCAAGGAUGUCGAUGUCAACUACAUUGACCACCUUGUCGGAAUGGAUGCCGAUACAGUGUUCGAUACUGAUUGCAUUUCACAGCUGCUGAAAGAAUCUAAAUACCCGCACACCGUCGGCGUCUGUGGGUAUGUCGCUGUGGACUUUUCGGGUGGCAGCUGGAACUUGUGGUCGUUGUACCAGAAUUCGGAAUACAGCAUUGCACAAGGACUCCGACGCUUACACCAAUCCAUUGCCACGAAAAAGGUUUCCUGUCUUCCCGGGUGCUGUCAGCUUCUUCGCAUCUGUGAAUAUACCUGUGGAGACAAGGUGCUGGUCGAGCUUUUUGGCUAUCAUCCUAAACCACUCGACGGGCUGCUUACGCAGAUCAGGGCAACUGCUUCGGAAGAUAGAAACCAUGUCUGUCUUAUGCUUACGACGCACCCGGAAGCCCAAACUCGUCAGGCUCUUCGGGCAAGAGCAUUUACUGAUGUACCUCACUCUUGGAGUGUCUAUCUGUCUCAGCGUCGACGGUGGACGUUGGGAGCCACCAGCAAUGAUCUUCUACUGACUCUUUCCUGGCACUGCCAGUGGUGGGAACGAAUCCUUGCCUUCAGCAAUGUUCUGGGAUGGUGCCUCAACGUGUUCAUUGUCGCAUCUAUUGCAUGCAUGGUUGUGGCCUUCAUGUCACAGCCGUGGUGGAUCAUUUUGGCAUUUGCGUCCGUCAUGAUUGUCCCGCUCUGCUAUUACCUCGUUAUGACUCUGUGGCUUCCACGCACCCUGAAAGAGAAGAUGCAAUAUCUGGCGGGGCUAUUCAUUUUCGUCGUCUUCGGACCAUUUGUCAAUAUCACUGUCCUUCUAUUCGCCGUCUGGAACAUGGACAGUUUCGGAUGGGGAAAGACACGGAUGGUCGUUACUGAUGACAGCAAGGACGAGUCAAUGGAGAAAAGAGGCACCACACCACGCAUCACUGAGCCGGAUUCGAGCAUGGGCGGUCAAAACCACGCAUUAAUGGAAAAGCCCCGACAGCCCGACGAGGAAGCCUCUGUGGAGACCGUGAUUCAUCGACCGACAUCGACACAUGUGCGGUCUCCUCUUGGCGUAGAAUUUGAGUUAAGGGGAUGA